AUGCUGAGCAGCCUAGAGGAGCUGCAGCUCGCGCGCAUCUACACGCGGCACCGGACCGAGGUCACGCUGGACAAGGGCUAUACCAGCGACCAGGACGCGGGCCAAGCCGGCACCUUUGUUCAAAUAAUGCGCUGCCAAAACAUUUGUAUGAUCAUGACCGUGAAUCGUGCCUCUGCCCAACAGAUUCUGCCUUCUGAGUUGUCCUUUGCUGACACUGGCGAUGGCUUCAGCAACAUUGUCGCCGCCGCACAAAUAAAAGCCGUGACGCUGACACUGACGGAAGCCUCCUCGAUCGGCUCGCUGGGCGAGGAUGACACUGUGCAAGGAGAUUCCGUGAGAUCCACGCAAGUGCCCCAGAAGCUGCAAAGAUGGCAGCAGCAGAUGAUCGACACCUAG